AUGCCCCUUUUCAUCACCGACGACGAGCUCGCUCGUCACACCAACGACGCUCCCUACGUCGCAGCUAGGGCUGACGAUUACAUCAGGCGCUUGCAGACGGAGCUAGAGACCGUCAAGGCUGCCGCAGAUGCCAAUGCCGUCACCGCCGAGCAGACUUGUUCGCUUCUCGAGCACAAGUUCUUGUCCCUCUCCACCGAGUUCUCCACGCUCCAAUCGCAGAACGCUCUGCUCCAGUCCUCGCUCGACGAGCGUCUCUCCGAGCUCGCCGAAGUCCAGGCUCAGAAGCAUCAGCUUCACUUGCAAUCGAUGAGCAAGGAUGGCGAAGUAGAGAGGUUGACUACAGAGCUGUCAGAGCUGCGUAAGAGUAAGAGGCAGCUGAUUGAGUUGGUGGAGCAAAAAGAUUCGGAGAUCAACGAUAAGAAAGCUACUAUUAACAGCUAUCUCGAUAAGAUUGUUAAUUUGACGGAGAGUGCAUCAAAGAAGGAGGCUCGAUUGUUUGACGUUGAAGCAGAGUUGGUGCAUUCUCAGGCAGCCUGCUCUCGCCUUUCACAGGAGAAAGAAAUUGUGGACAGACAUAACUCAUGGCUAAAUGAUGAGCUGACGGCCAAAGUAGACAGUUUGAUUGAGCUGCGCAUUAGACAUUCUAAUCUGGAGGAAGAUCUUUCUGCUAAGCUUGCACUUGCUGAGAAACAACUGAGUGAAUCUUCAAGCUCUGCGCAGAGGAACAAGGAGAGGGCAGAUGAGCUUGAAGUGAAGUUAACUUCCUUGCGAGAGGAAUUAAGCUCUACUAAGGAUGCUGCUGUGGCAAAUGAAGAGCAGUUAUCAGCUGAACUCUCUACUGCAAAUAAACUAGUCGGACUUUAUAAGCAAAGCUCUGAGGAAUGGGCAAGGAAAGCUGGAGAGCUUGAGGGUGUCAUUAGAGCUCUGGAGGCUCAUUUGGGUGAGCUUGAAAAUGAUUACAAAGCAAGACUUGAAAAUGAAGUCUCUUCGAGAAGCCAAUUAGAGAAGGAAGCUGCUGAUCUCAGAGGAAAACUUGAAAAAUGUGAAGCUGAGAUUGAAAGUAACAGGAGAAAUAAUGAGCUUAAUCUACUUCCUCUUAGUAGUUUCUCGACAGAAAGGUGGGUGGCCCAGUCUGAUAGUAAUGUCUCCAUGGAGGAUACUGGCAUGCUUGUUCCAAAGAUUCCUCCUGGUGUUUCAGGGACUGCAUUGGCAGCUUCUCUACUUCGAGAUGGAUGGAGUCUGGCCAAGAUGUAUGCAAAAUACCAAGAAGCUGUUGAUGCUCUUCGCCAUGAACAACUAGGAAGGAAGGAUUCCGAAGCUAUAUUGCAACGGGUCCUGUUUGAAUUGGAGGAGAAAGCAGGAGUAAUUUUGGAAGAAAGAGCGGAAUAUGAGAGUAUGUUGGAGUCAUGCUCCAUCAUGGGCCAAAAGUUGCAGCAGUCAGUAUCAGAGCGAGGGAACCUGGAGAAAAUGAUUCAAGAAUUGAAGGCUGAACUAAGGAGGCACGAGCGGCAGUAUAAUAUCGCCCAGAGGGAGAUUGUUGACCUUCAGAAGCAGGUUACUGUUCUUCUGAAGGAGUGUCGCGAUGUGCAACUUCGAUGUGGAUUGGGGGAUAAUGCUGGUGACGACUCUUCCAUUUAUGCUGAUGUUGGUAUGGAAACAGAUGCUGUUGCUGAAGAUGUCAUUUCUGAAAGGCUUUUGACUUUCAACGACAUAAAUGGGUUAGUUGAGCAGAAUGUUCAACUCAGGGGUCUUGUGCGAAGUCUUUCAGAUCAGAUUGAAAAUAGGGAGACGGAGUUCAAGGAGAAAUUGGAAAUGGAACACAAGAAAUACACUGAUGAAGCAGCCGCUAGAGUUGCAAAUGUCUUACAAAGGGCAGAAGAACAAGGCAACAUGAUUGAGAAUCUUCGUGCAUCUUUUGCAAUGUACAAAAGGUUAUAUGAGGAGCAACAGAAACGCCAGUCACCAUAUUCACUUUCACAUUCCUCAGAGGCAGCUCCAGAGAAUGGAGGGAAGGAUCUGCUGUUUCUCCUUGAGGGUGCUCAGAUGCAGGAAGCUAGCAAGAUGGCCCAUGAAAAGGUUGCGGAGCAGGUAGGAUCUCUUGAGGAAAAGCUGUCAAAAUCUAGGAGUGAAAUUGUAUCACUGCAAUUGGAGCGUGACAAGUUAGCUUCGGAAGCAAAAUAUGCAGCAGAAAAACUGGAGAGGUCUAUGAAAGAAUUUGAACACCAGGAAGGUCGAAUCAAAGGCCUUGAAGCAAGCAACUUAGAACAUGGCCGCUUGAUUCUUGACUUUCAAAAAAGAUUAAAUGAAAGCAUGCAUGCUCAACAUGCUUCUGAGGAUCAAUGUCGGAAGUUAAACAUGGAGGUAUCGGCCCUAAAGCAUGAGAAGGAAAUGCUAUCAAACGCUGAAAAGAGAGCAUGUGAUGAAGUUCGUAGAUUGUCAGAGAGAGUGCAUCGGCUGCAGUCUAGUUUAGACACUUUCCAGAGUGCCGAGGAUGUUCGAAAGGAAGCACGAGCUGCCGAGAGGAGAAAACAGGAGGAAUAUGUCAAACAAAUUGAGAGGGAAUGGGCGGAGGCGAAAAAGGAGCUGCAACUGGAAAAGGAAAAUGUUAGAUCCCUCACAUCUGAUCGCGAGCAGACUUUGAAGAAUGCAAUGAGACAAGUGGAUGAGAUGGGAAAAGAGUUAGCUAAUGCGUUACGUGCUGUUACAAUUGCUGAGACCAGGGCUGCUGUUGCUGAGACGAAACUUGAUUUGGAGAAAAAGAGGACGAGUUCAGAUCAAAACGUUGCUGAUGGGCAGGAUAGCAGGGCGCUCUCAGUUUCAUCUGCAGAGGCCACAACCGAUUUAAUUAUGGUGAAGGAGGAAUUGCGAAAAUUGAGAGAAGAAGCCCAAGCUAAUAAGGACCAUAUGCUGCAGUACAAGAAUAUAGCUCAGGUAAAUGAAGCUGCAUUAAAGCAGAUGGAAACGGCUCAUGAGAACUUUAAGAUAGAGUCAGAAAAGUUGAAGGAGUCUUUGGAAGCUGAGUUGAUUUCGUCUAGAGUGAAGAUAACCGAGCUUCAGAAUGAAUUGCGUUUGAAGUCUGAAGAAGUUCUCCUUGCGUCUGCUGGUAAAGAAGAGGCUCUUACUUCUGCUUUGGCUGAAAUUACUGCCUUGAAGGAGGAAAUUUCCAGUAAAACUUCUCAAGUUAAUGCACUGGAAAUGCAAGUUUCUGCAUUGAAAGAGGAUCUGGAGAAGGAGCAUGAGAGGUGGCGGUCUGCUCAAACAAAUUACGAGAGACAGGUCAUUUUACAGUCCGAGACAAUUCAGGAGUUAACAAGGACAUCACAGACUUUGGCAUCCUUACAAGAGGAAGCCUCUCGCUGGCGUAAAUUGGCAGAUGAGCGAGAAUGCGUAAAUAAUGAACUGAAAGUAAAAUGUGAGGCGGCACAAUCAAUGCUAGAAGAAUCAAGAAGGGAUUCUGAGAAGAAAUAUGACGAGCUCAAUGAACAGAAUAAAUUACUGCACAGCAGACUGGAGGCUCUGCACAUCCAGCUGGCUGAGAGUGAUCGCAGCUCGGUUGGAAUGUCUUCUAGGAGUAAUGCGGAUCCAAAUGCUGAUGGAGGGUUGCAGAAUGUUGUUAGCUAUCUUCGACGGUCAAAAGAGAUAGCGGAGACGGAGAUUUCAUUGCUAAGGCAGGAAAAGCUGCGAUUGCAAUCACAACUUGAGAGUGCUCUCAAGGCGGCGGAAAAUGCAAAAGCUUCACUUGGUGCUGAGCUAGCGAACUCGAGGGCCUUAAUAUUUUCAGAGGAAGAAAUGAAAUCUCUUCAGUAUCAGGUUGAAGAGAUGAACUUGUUACGUGAGAGCAAUAUGCAACUUAGAGAGGAGAAUAAGCAGACUGUUGAGGAAUGUCAGAAAAUGCGUGAUAUAACACUUGAGACUGAAACUAAGGCUGAUAAUCUGAAAAUUCUGGUGAGGGAAAAAGAAAUGGAAAUAGAAGCUUGCAAGAAGGAAAUUGAAAUGUCAAGGGUGGAGAAGGAUUUCCUGCAAAAGAGAGUUUCUGAGAUGCUAGAGAAAAAUGUUAAUGUGGAAGACUACGACAAGAUUAAAGCUGAUCUUCAGAGGCUGCAGGAAAAACUGAAAGCGAAGGAUGAUGAGUUGGAGGAUUCAAAGAACUGCAUGUUGAAGCAGCAAGAAACCCUGUCAAAGUUGGAGCAGGACCUUGGACGAAGCGAAGCGGCGCUGAAUAGUAUAAAGUCCGAUUUGGAGAGGCAAAAGAAAAUCAACAGUCACUUCAAGAGAAGAAUGGAUAAUUUGUCCAAGGAAAGGGAUGACUCAAUCAAAGAAAAAGACGCAGCUAACAAACAGAUUGAGGAAUUUAAGCAAGGCAAGAAGGCUAUUGGAAAUGCUGGCAGUGAGCUUGCCGUUAAGGAAAAGGAGGAGAAAGACACCAGAAUACAGAUGCUGGAGAAAAUGCUGGAUAAGGUUAGAGACGAUUUUAGAAAGGAAAAAGAAAACCAUGACAUGGAGAAAGCAAAGCGUGAGAGUUCUGAAAAGACUGUUCAGGAUUCUGUCAAGAAUGUUGAGCAGGAGAGAUCAAACUUUGUGGACAAAUUUGACAAGCAUAAGGAUGCGCUGAGGCGCCUUUCAGAUGAGCUGGAGAAGCUUAAGCAUGCCGAGGACAGUCUCCCUGAGGGCACCUCCGUCGUUCAGAUUCUUUCUGGAACCAUUCUGGAUGAUCAUGCUGUUGUUUACCUAUCAGCUGUUGAAAAUUUUGAGAAAGUAGCAACUUCUGUGCUGGGUGAACUUGGACAUGCUCGUCCUCCUGCAGAGACCCCAGCGACACUGGAUGCUUCUGCACCUGUUCCAAUUGGUCAAACUUCUCAAAUUCCUGUCGCCCCCGCCUUUCCCACCAAUCCAAUUCCUACCAAAGCUGCAGAAGAAAAGGAUAGAAAGCUUGUUGCCUCCCGCCCAAAUAUUAGUGAAGCUCGUAAAACAGGAAGAAAGUUGGUUCGGCCCUGGCGUGGCAAGACAGAGGAACCUCAGGGUACUGAUGCGGAGAUGUCUGAGGCAACCGCAGAUAAAUCCAGCCUUGGUGGGAAACCUGCUGCUGCAUCCCAAGACUCCGAUGUUACGCAAGGAACUCUAAUAACCUUAUCGUCUCAACUGUUGAGCCGCAAACGCCCUUCACAAUCUGGUGCAGAGAGCAGCGAGCAACAGAUCAGUCAUGGGGAGGCUCUUUCGCAGGGAGCCGCCCCUAUUGCGAAGAAGGCCAAAGGACAGGGUUCUUCCGAGGGUGGGGAGGCAGAAGUACAGCUUGGCACAUCAGCUGCACAAGCAGCUGAUGUUUCAUUGGAUUCUGCGGGUGAUUUACUUCCCCCAAGUUCAAACGAAGAAGUUGUCGCGGCUGAUAAGGAAGAGGCCGACAUUGUUGGGGAGAAGAUGGAUUCGGAUGUUGUAGGUGGCAAUGGUGCCCAGGUGGAAGCACAGAACCAGAAGAGUGAUGAUGCAGAGGAUACUACUUCAGACAAGCCAGCGAGUGGAACAGUGGAGAUGGAGAUUGACGAGAGCCUGAAGGACGAGUUGUUGGUCGAAGAGGACCAGCAAGGUGACAGAGAAGAGGGAGAGCUGCCACAAGAUGUUUCUGAAGUGGAAGGUGGUGGUGGUGAUGUGGGUAGCCCUGAAAGUGGGGAGUUCAUGCCGGAGGGUGGAAUCACACCCGAGUCGUCGCCGUUGAGGAUGGAAGACGAAACAGCAGCUGCUACUGACGAUCUCGAGGCUGGCGAAAUCCCAGAUGACGAAAAUGACACAGCGAAUACAGCCAACGUUGGUUCAGAGAGGGUAAAUGACACUGACGAACAAAAUGCAGCGGAAACUGAUCAAGCUCCGGAGAGCACUCUGGUUGCUGGGGACAGUUCGACAGCGAGUGCAAUUGUAGAUGCUGAUCCAGCGAAACCAGAGGCAGAAGAGGCAGUGAAGCAGCAGGUCUCGCCAGCGAGUCAGGUGUCGACCGUCGUUAAUUUAGCUGCGAGAGCUAGGGAGAGGUCUCGGGUGAGACAGUUAGGAGCGGCGGCUACGAGCUCGCCACCUGCAGCACCCUCCUCGAGUGUCGUGAGAGGUCGUGCCAGAGGAUUGGUACGUGGUCGGGCUGUGGGUAGUUCGCGUGUGUUGCCGCGUGGAGGGAGAGGUGGACGAGGAGGCCAAUCACCUGGUCAGCAAGGUUAA